AUGACAGAUGCCCAAGGACGUGCACGAGACCAUGUCAAGACAGAGUGGGUAGAGGCAAGUGAGGACAUCCCUGAAAGAGGAACAGCAAAUAUUCCACAGAAAAAAGAAACAACAGAACCAGGCGAGUCGAGCAAGAGCUCUGUAAGGUACAGCCAGAAAGAGUAUAACUCCAAGCCUGCAGGGAAGAGAAGUGGCAUGGGUUUGGGGGAUCAAAAAAAAGAAACGAAAAACGCAGCAACGGAGAAGGACUGGGGUUCGUGGUCGACAUUCUUUCCGACCCGCCGAAGCAAUUGA